AUGUUGCCUUUCACCCCACGACCUACGAAGUUUCGGAGUGGGCUGACCAGCCACGGGACCUACGACCAGAGAGCGCCUCUCGGCAGAACCAGCGGAGAUCGAGACUUCCUCUAUGCCUUUCACCGCCGCUUGCAGGAAACACCGCUGAAUCUUCAUCAGCUUACGCUCUACUUGUGGCUCUGUCGCGCUGGAUGGGUCAGCGACGAAGACCUUGUGGCGACGUUCAGAAAUAGUACCUCCCCGGCUGAAAGAAGAAGUGAAACAUUCUCCGUGCGGCAAUAGCAGGAACAGCCAAACCCGAAUCCGCGA